AUGGGUCACCGGAAACGGAAGGCGCUUCCCCGCCCACUUCCGGAAGAGGCUGUCAUGGCGGCCCAGGAGGACGUAGCGGCCUUACGGGAUGAGAUCGCCCGGCGUGAGGAGGAGCUGGCCUCGCUGAAGCGGAGGCUGACCGCCGCCCUGGCGUCUGAGCCGGAGCCCGAGCGUCCGAUCCCGUUGUCGCCGCUGCCCCCCAAGGCCGCGCUGUCGCGGGACGAGAUCCUGCGCUACAGCCGCCAGCUGCUGCUGCCGGAGCUGGGCGUGCGCGGUCAGCUGCGCCUGGCCGCCGCCUCGGUGCUGGUGGUGGGCUGCGGCGGGCUGGGCUGCCCGCUGGCGCAGUACCUGGCGGCGGCCGGCGUGGGCCGCCUGGGCCUGGUGGACCACGACGUGGUGGAGACGAGCAACCUCGCCCGCCAGGUGCUGCACGGCGAGGCGCUGGCCGGCCACGCCAAGGCUCUGUCGGCGGCCGCCGCGCUGCGCCGCCUCAACUCGGCCGUGGAGUGCGUGCCGUACGCGCGCGCGCUCAGCGAGGCGUGGGCGCUCGAGCUGGUCCGCGCCUACGACGUGGUGGCCGACUGCUCCGACAACGCGCCCACGCGCUACCUGGUGAACGACGCGUGCGUGCUGGCGGGCCGGCCGCUGGUGUCGGCCAGCGCGCUGCGCUUCGAGGGCCAGAUGACCGUCUACCACCACGACGGCGGGCCCUGCUACCGCUGCGUCUUCCCGCGGCCGCCCCCGGCCGAGACGGUGACCAACUGCGCGGACGGCGGCGUGCUCGGCGUGGUGCCCGGCGUGCUGGGCUGCGUGCAGGCGCUCGAGGUGCUCAAGAUCGCCGCGGGGCUCGGGACGUCCUACAGCGGCAGCCUGCUGCUCUUCGACGGCCUCGGAGGCCACUUCCGCCGCAUCCGGCUGCGGCGCCGGCGGCCUGACUGCGCCGUGUGCGGCCAGCAGCCCACCGUGACCCGCCUGCAGGACUACGAGGCCUUCUGCGGCUCCUCGGCCACCGACAAGUGCCGUGCCUUGAAGCUCCUGAGCCCCGAGGAGCGGGUUUCCGUGACCGAUUACAAGCGGCUCCUGGACUGCGGAGCGCCCCACGUGCUGCUGGACGUCCGGCCUCAAGUGGAGGUGGACAUCUGCCGUCUGCCGCACGCCCUCCACAUCCCUUUGAACAAGCUAGAACGCAGGGAUGCGGACAGCCUGAAGCUCUUAGGGGAUGCCCUCCGGGAAGAGAAGCGCAAUUCGCAGGAAGGGGCUGAUCUCUCUGUGUUUGUGAUUUGCAAACUGGGGAAUGACUCCCAAAAAGCCGUGAGGGUCCUGCAGUCCUUAACGGCAGUGCCAGAGCUAGACUCUUUAACGGUCCAGGAUAUUGUAGGGGGGCUCAUGGCCUGGGCCACCAAAAUUGAUGAGACAUUUCCACAGUACUGAGGGGACAGCCUGCCAUCCGAGCGGAUCCAUUAAUUCGCACCUUUUCAGUAAUGUAGGAAGAUACUGGUCCCGCAGUCUCGGAACAAAUGAAGUCUUUUUGCAAGGAGCUUUUUGAGAACACAGGAUAAAAUUGCUUCUGGAGCUGCCUUGUGUUUUGGGGACUUGUCAAGUACCUUCAACAUAGGACGUGGAAUCUGACAGGAGUUUUGUUCCAAUCAGAAUGCUCUCUAGGCCAUCCAUUUUAUACCUGGAUUCUUCACAGGUGGCACACUUGCAUUCAGCCCGUUUUUAAUUAAGGUGUUCUUUGGGAGGUUGGAGAAAUGCCUUAGCACUGCCCCCCACCCCCACCCCGUUUUGACUUUGAGUUCUCCUGUGUUGGCUCUCCCCCAGCACCAGGCAGGUCUUCUACACAGACAUACAUGCAGGCAAAAACACCCAAAAAAGAUACUGAGUCUUACUUCUACUUAACAUGAUAGGAUGUAUACCUUAGAGAUACAUAGCUGCAGAAUGUUUUCAUUGUCUGGAAAUUGGUCGUUCUAGAACCUGUUAUGAAUGUCAGUGCAGUCUUGACAGCAAAAUAAAGGAAACUGUGGGCCAUCAGCUUCCCUCA